UGAUAAUUUUUUUGUUUGUUUAUUGUUUUUCUUUUGGUGACAAUUAUUAUUAUUUUCGUUGAAUGUUUCGGUAAUUGUAUCAAUCAAUUAGUAAAGCCGUCGACUAAGCUUAGUCACUAGUGGUCACUUAACUGGUCAGUCAAUAAGCGAUUUGAUGUUAACUGUUAUCGAUGACACUUUGAUGGCCACUUUAGGACUAUCGGUUUGACACAAUUUUCUGAUAUAUAAGUAAUAAACAGUGAUUACAUGAUCAUUAGUAUUGACCGAAUCGAUUGAGAGGACAAAUUUUGGUGGCCAAGUGUUGGUCAAUUUUUUUUAAAAAGACAAAUGGAUUCAAAAAAUUUGAUUCACUGGAAACACAAUCGGGAGUACAGCGAUCAUAAUGGACACAAGUUUCAAAGGAAAAUGCAGAUCAAUGGCAAUCUUAUAUCGAGAUUAGGUCUCGAAGUGGAACUGGAGGGACACUCUGGUUGUGUUAAUUGUCUUGAAUGGAAUCAAAGCGGAAGUCUACUCGCCAGCGGUUCCGAUGACGUGCAGAUCAUAGUAUGGGAUCCGUUACGCUAUAAGAAGUUGCACUGUUUGCAGAGCGGACAUCAGGGAAACAUAUUUUCUAUUAAAUUUAUGCCCAAAUCUAAUGACAACAUUGUCUGUUCGGGUGCGGCCGACUGUAAGGUCAGAGUGCACGACAUGAAGGCAUCGGAAACUAUUCUGGCCUGUGAUUGUCAUAUGGGUCGUGUCAAACGGUUAGCCGUAGCGCCCGACGUGCCUCACAUAUUCUGGUCGGCCGCUGAGGACGGACUAGUAUUACAAUAUGAUUUACGGGAAAAGCACCGGUGCUUUUCAGUUUGCAAUAACGUGUUAAUCAAUUUGAUGAACUAUAACGGACCCAACGCUGAGGUUAAAUGUGUGGCUAUUAAUCCGAUUCGCACCGAAUUGAUUGCCAUCGGAGCUAACGAUGCCUUUGUUCGGCUAUACGACAGAAGAAUGAUUUCUUUGCAAUCGAUUCAUAAUCGUAACGAAUUGGGUUCUCGGUAUUCAUGGGAACGGCGUAUGGCUCCGGCCAACAACGACAACAUCAGUGAAGAGUCAUCCACUUUAACUGAUAAUUUACCCAUUGGUUGUGUCAAAUACUUCAUUGCCGGACAUCUUUUAAGACGAAAAGAUAAGAAACGCUAUCGCGCUUACGCCUCAACAUACCUGUCCUUUAGUCCCGAUGGCAACGAAUUACUAUCUAAUUUAGGCUCCGAACAGAUUUAUCUCUUCGAUGUAAUAAAACCAUCGAAACCGAAAUUUUAUAACACAGAUGUUAUGCACAAAAAUGGUUAUCACAAAGAGUUGGCUGUAAACACUACGACAACAACAACGAGCAAUGGUUACCACCAUUUGAAUGGUGUAGUAAAAGAUUGUGAAUCACUGGAUGUAAUACCGAAAAGUGCAAUGUUUGACAAAAAAUUAUAUUUGUUUAAUUCAACGUUACCUCCGAUUAUUGACAAAAUCAAAACUAAAGCAAACGAACGAUUCGACAGAUCAAACUAUACGCUGGCUAUCGAUCUCUACAACAAAGCUGUUUCAUUGUGUCCGCGAGCGGCUGUUCUCUACGGUAACCGUGCACUCGCUUAUAUGAACCGCAAAUGGGACGGCGAUAUCUAUGCGGCACUUCGUGAUUGUUAUACAGCUCUUCAACUCGAUGGCAAUUAUUAUAAGGCUAACUAUAGACUUUGUAAGUGUUUGUUAGCACUGGAAUGGUUCCGGGAAGCUAAUGAUUGUUACGACACGUAUAAACAAAAGUUUGCGGAACAGGCAGACACUGACGCCUCACAGAAACUCUAUAGAGAGAUACAACAGGCCGUCAACAACAAGUCGUCAGACCAAUCGUCGACAUGUCGUUCAAGAAGUAGUCCCUACACAGAGACCGAUAGCAAUGGUUCCAAUGAUGACGUUAUCUAUAAUAUGUCUAAUGCUGUGAACAGUCAGGAAAGGGAGUGGAGGUCUCUAUCUUUUGACUAUAAAUCUCGAUAUUGUGGUCACUGUAAUACAACUACCGAUAUUAAAGAGGCCAACUUUUUUGGAAGUGAUGGCCAGUAUAUAAUUGCCGGUUCAGAUGACGGAUCAUUCUUUGUAUGGGACAGACAAACCACUAACAUUGUACGCGUUAUGAGAGGUGACGAGUCAAUAGUCAAUUGUCUGCAACCGCAUCCAACUACCUGUUUGUUAGCCACCAGUGGUAUCGAUCAAGUCGUUAGACUAUGGAGUCCGCGACCAGAGGACGGCCGUAAAGAUGAACGCGAAGUAGAGAACUCGGGUGAUGCAGCAAUGGCCAACCAAAAACGUAUGAAUACAGAUCCAUUGGAAGUGAUGUUGGCUAAUAUGGGCUACAGAGUACCCACAAUGUUAGACUCGGAAGACGAAGACUCAGAUCAAAUAGGUGUUCACUGCAGGACUAGUUAGUAGUACUCAUUGUUAGACACAUUUUUGACGAUAUAAUAAUUAUAUCUAAACUAAUAUAUUUUAUAUACAAUAUAUU